AUUCCCAGGCAUUACGUAUCUGAACUUCAUCCGAGAUGACAGUAGAUUUCAAUCAUGAAUUUUGUAAAAAAUAAUAAUACAAAGUUCCUCAUACCAAUGCGUCUUCUCCAUAAAGUUUUUUCUUUGUUCUUAUUCUACACCUCCAGGUUUAAAAUUAAGCCAACCAGUACAAUCACAGUAACCAGAAUUCAUGCAUCAGUAGGUGGCACAGCGAUUAUCCUGAUAACUGGUACUGAUGGGAAUUUAUGUAAUAUCAGGCUAAACAUAAAACCGAAAAAUCCAACAACAGCAGCCGAAACUUCUUCACCAUCAAGCAUAACAACGUUUACCCUGAUCACUGGACCCAAUGGAAAAAUCCAUUUCUCCCGAACAAAUGGAUGUCUGAAGCGCAUACAUCCAGAAAAUUCAUCUUCUUCACUCCAACAGCAAAACUGACGAUCAAACACCCGAGGCUUCUACAAAUAAAAUUAUUAUUCUCAUUAUUGGAAAAGCUCGAAUGAAGCUUAAUAUCAUGAAACUCGGUUGUCAAUUACAAUCUAAUUUAAUGCUCGUUCCUAACAAUUUUGUCAAAAUAAACAGUAUCAUAUUUUGAACUCCUAAUUAAGAAAUUUUUCUCUUUAACUUGUUUUUAACUCCUGAAAAAAAUUACGUAAUAUAACUCACCUCAUGCACCCAAACCACAAACAAAUUAUAGUGAUGAAUAAUAUGUACUUAUCGAUAAAGUUGGAUAAGAGACACUUUAUCUUACCAUAAUGUUACUAUCAGAUUA